ACUUGAUGUGCUUUGACCUUAUUACGGUGCGGUAAUGGCCGCUCAUGUCUCGCAUGGAGACCCGGUUGGCCUGCUCACGGAAGAGCAAGUUCGUUGGAUCUCCCGCCAUGUUCGAGAGCUCGUGCAGUUCUCGGACGUCGAGCAGCCAUCGGACAGCGACACAAAGAAACUGAAGCAUCAUCUCGACGCUGUUUUGCAUACUGCCGACGCAAGCGACAUCAAUGGCGCUCAUCGCGUAGCCGCAUGGAAUGCUCUAUCGGCGUUGAUUGAUGGAUGUUCGCGGUCGCAAUACCAUGCCUGCAGUGCCAUCAUCUGGCAAGCUGGUAUCUGGAAAGCCACGCUAGAUCUAUACAUCAACCGCAGCGCAAUCGCACGGCCCAAGUCUUCGAAACAAUUAUUGGCGAGUCUCUGCAAUGCUUUGUCUACCAACUCAGACGACCUUGCCUCAAGACAGUGGGCUACGGGACGUCUAGUGAGAAGUAUCGCCAGCGAUGAAAACCCUGCGCGCGUCAAAGCAUGCCUUCAGGUAUUGGCGCACUUUCUUGCCAAAGACGUCUUUCCUCUGGAUGAAGUACUCCUCUGCUGGAGCAAGAUGCGAUAUGGAAGUCGCACAAUCGGAGCAGUUUCCGUGAUGCACGAUCUCAUAUUGGUGCUUCUAGCCUGGGUUGGCAAAGCAGACUUUGGUUCCGUCGUUGGCCAUGUCAUCUCUGUCUUGCUUGACAAAAUCGAUGCGAAUCGCCAUGCUACCCAGCAAUCGAAGAUGCUGACUCGAAUUACGCAAAAUAACCAACCGUUGUGGGUCAAGCCGCUGGAUGAGGUAUUCAUGUCUGGUGUCGUGGGAAUCGACGAAUUGCGAAUACACAUUCUACCUAUCCUAUUCCGACGCGGUUUAUCCGGAUAUACUGCACUCUUGGCUAGUCAUGGUCUCCAACAACUCGAAUGCGAGUUUGGUAUCCGUGAAGACCCCGAAAGUUCUCGCGCACCAGAAGACGAUCUCUUGUAUGCUGCACUCCAAGUCGGGAAAGAACUUGGCAUGCUUCAUGAGACCGAAGACUCUUGUGUGUCUCGAACCUCUUCUGAAAUCCUCCUUCCGGUCCGAUGGAUCCGACGUCUUCUAACGCACAGCUCUCGAGGCCCCAGACUUGCUGGACUCACACUUUUGAUUACAUCACACUCUGCAACAAGGCCAUUCUCUCCUUCGCUUCUUUCGCUAAUGAAGAAAUACCUCCAUACCUUCUUUUCCGACACCGAUGCAAAUUUUCGCGGCGAAGUCAUGACUUUGAUGCAAAGACUCAUGGAUCGUUUGAGAGCAAUCACAGUCGCGCUGGCGAAGAAAUGUGGCGCAGUCACCCAGGAGGAUCCGUUGCGCGCAACCUACCGGAUGCAUCAAUCAUUCUUGCAAUGGCUUGUGACCUUCUUGACGUGGGAACUGCGGCCUACAGCGACAUAUCAACGACAUAUAUCUGCUCUGAAGACCCUUUUGAUUGUCACGAGGUCGGGAUGCGAUUCGCAAAUACCCUCGGCAUGCUUGUCUAAAUCAGCGCUGGCGGAAACGAGAUGGCCUUUCACUGUUCGCGUUGUGACGGAGCACUCAAGGGCUUUGCUCUUGGACCUCUUACUCGACCCUUUUGACGAUGUUCGUCAAACCGCAGCAUCAAUACUCUCUUGCUACAGCGGCUCCUACGACGCUAGUACGCGCCACGCCGUCUGCCAGGACCUAGAGCGUACCGUUAUACGUGCAGAGAAUCUCAUGCUUCAAACUGGUCGUGCCGACCAGGCUGACGGAGUUGCACACCUGUAUGCUCUGCUCUACCAACACUUAGACAACGCUUGCUCGGGCUCGAGCUCAGAAGGUACCCCUCAACUGGCUCUCCUGGAGAAGUUGCUUGGUAAUCUAGAGCGAAUGCUUGACGUCGCGCAAGGGAGCCUUCCGACUGCAGUGAACAAGUAUCCCGUCCAUGGUCUGCUGACCAGUCUGCGGUAUAUCUUGAUCCAAGGUACACCCAGCCCAUCGUUGACAGAGGUGUGCACGAGACUUGUUUCUCGCUUGCAAACCAUCUGGCGGAUAGUCAAAAGAAUUCUCUGCAACGAUGCGCCAGAAGGGCACGUGCCUCAAGACUUCGAGGACGGAGCGCAAGUCUCGACAAAAGACACUCUCAGUUAUUGCUGGAGGGCCCUAAAAGAAAGCAGUCUGCUUCUGGGAGUGCUGGUGUCGAAAGAUCUCCUCAAUGUGGCAGACAUCCUCUCCCUCGGUGAUCUCAGCUUUUCGCAAUUAGCAGAGUUACGGCACCGGGGUGCUUUCUCUACUGUUGCCCAGACCUGGACGAUAUGCUGCACUAGAUGCUCGACAUUGCGAGUUGCAGAAGGAACAGACCAGCUCGAACAUUGGUAUGACCAGGUCUUUCACAUCCUCAGCAGCCGCACAACCAUAAACACACGACGUUCGGCCGGAAUUCCUGCUUUGCUGUGUGGCCUCCUCGUCGCCGACAAAACGGGCCGGCUUCUGGCGCGAGCGUUUGAAAACCUCACAGCGAUCGCAAUCCAGCCAGUCGACCGCGAGAAUAUUGAUGGAGGCAGUCUGCCCCAAGUUCACGCUCUCAACUGCAUCAAAGACAUCCUCAAGAGCACUAGCCUCAGCGAGCUCUCUGACCGUCAUGUUCCGGGUGCCCUCGAGCCGGUGGCUCGUUCACUCCGCUCAGACGUUUGGGCGAUCCGCAACUGUGGUUUAAUGUUAUUCCGUGCUGUCAUUGAUCGUCUACUCGGCACCAGCGCUGCUCAUCUGGAAGAAGGAGCUGCCUCCCAUCAGCGAUUGUCAGCCGAGCAGCAUCCAAAGCUAGUCGACAUCACCUUGGAUCUGCUGGCUCAUCCAAAGGAAGACCGGGACAGUGGACCGGCCGAAGACCACGAAGCGCUGUUUCCUGCGCUGCAAUUACUACAACAGAUGGACCUUUCCCACCAAACGCGCGCCGCUACUAGGAAGAAGAUUCUGCUACUCGUGGACAGCCCGUCUUGGCUGAUGAGAGACAAAGCGGCGCGGACAUAUGCUUCAUUGGUCACGCCAGACGAAGUCGGACAAGAGAUCACGGCCAGACUCGGCGUUGUCCCGAGAGAUAGCAAUGGGAGGCACGGCGCUCUGCUGUGUAUGUGUUAUCUCAUCAGGAGACUUCAAUCGUCCCAGUCGACCUCAAUCUUUGCGACGCAGCCCUGUGCAAGCCAUUCUGAAAGUGACAAUUUUUCGAAUUCGAAUGCAUGGCUGCCGCAUUUGCUAUCUGCAAGUCCAGAGUUCCUCGACGGCGGCUGUGCUGCGACGCAGGCAGCGUAUGUUCAAGCCAUCGCCGAAACAACGCAACUUCAGGGCCCAGAUUUUGCGUUUGAUAUCGAUAUUGCACGCAAGCUAGAGUACAGCCUGAUGGCUGAGAAUUGGCGCCCAGAGCAUCACGUACUACGCAGCGCUCUGGCUCUUGCGCUCGGCCAUCAGAUCUGCAUCGAUCAACAGAAAUCAGGAGACGGAAACUCACAUCACGCCGGGUUGCAGACGCUGAUCCUAUCGCUCGCAGCAAUGGAUGCAGAUGCGUGCUCUGUGUUCUUUGGGGCCUUCACAAGACCUCGUCGGCAACUUUCCACUCUGCCAAAAGCGGCAGUCAAACAACUGUGGUACUGCGCAACUGAAGUCCUGAAGGGCCCAUACGAUCGAACUUUAAGAUCCAAGGUACAAGCCUUGCUGCUGCGUCUAUGUGAUGAAUGCGAUCAGCACGGCAUUGACGAACCGCAAAUCUCUGCGCUCGCUGAAGCUCUCAACACCGCUGCUGCGUCGCCUUUUCUCGCCACCAGUCACCAGGACUACGCAGAUCAAUGGCUACAGUUACAAGCUGUUGUUCUCGAGCACCAAUCACUCGGCAUUGAUGACGGGAUCCCGGCAAAGCACUCACAGAUACAUGACUGGGUUCAAUUUUGCUGCGAAGCGAUACAAGGCGAUGGCUUCUUUUCUCGCCAAGCUGCUGCUCUUGCAAUCAGUCGUGUCAGACACUUGUGGCGGCACUUGGCUGCUCAGCAGCAAUCUGGACUGUGCGAGCUGUGUUUUGGAGUGUACGAUCUCCUCAACGACGAUGACGAGGACAUUCGCCUGCUUGCAUCACGAGCCGUUGGUUGCAUUACCCGGACGAAUAUGCGGAUGAAGCCUCAAGUCGUCAAAGAGCCAUCUUGUGCCAGUGAAAGGCUGGUGCAGUGGAUGCUGGGAAUAUGGUCCACCAACCACUCCUUCAUCCGAGGCGCUUUCGCACGCGCUCUGGGCAUAAAGGAUUCAGCAUGGCCGAGCGUAGCGGAGCAAAUAUCGACGUACGAGACGAGCGAUUACGCGCUCUUUGCAGAGGAGAAGCAGAACUUAUACAUCGACGAGGCGAGAGAGGUCAAACUUUGGUCUCGCGUGCUUCUGAAGGUGGACCUGACGACCAUCCCGCCUUCGCUGCUUCGUGCUGCGUCGCAGUGGACUUGCGAGGGGUUGGAUGUAAUGAUUGCAAAGUGCACCGCGGAGACGGAUGGAGCACUUGGCUGGAGUACAAAAGGCGAAGUGUUCACGCUGGGAUUACAGCUCAUCUAUGGCGUCGAGGUUCUCCUGCAUACCAUUGAGUCGGGGGUGAGACUGCCUGUUCGGCCAUCAGCUCUUCGCAUGAAGCUCGGCUUGUUUGGAGAGGCGGCUGGUACGAGCGGCAUCAACACGCUGUGGGUUCGAGAGACUGAUCGGGUGCUGACUUGGGCGGUUGAGAAGACCUUACAGCGGCACUAUGUAGUUGUGAAUAACGUGGAGAGAAGUGGGAGGUGAGUCGAGUGAUGGCGGUUGCACGUGAGGUCGCUCUGGACCAUGCUCCGCUGCUUAAUCAGCAUUCGAUAUCGACUUCUACCAGAAUAUGAC